UAUUUUCUAGUGCAUUUAGUCUCUUGCAAGGUGGGCCUAGUAUGCUUUGGGGGCAUCAGUUUAGAACUGAUGGGGAACCCUGAAAAGCAGCUGGAUUAAGGAUGCAAAGUUGGAGAAGAGAUGCUGGCCAUGGAGGGAGAGGACCUGUCUGAGUCGAUGCUGGCUCGUCUCGAGGAACUUCGACGUAAGCAUCAAGAGCAACAUGAGCAGCUCCUUCAGCUCCAACGGGAACGGCAAAGGGAACUCCAGAUGGCCCAAGAAGAACGCCUUACUCGCAUGUUGAGGCUUGCUGGUGCUUCCAAUUCUCAGGAUGACAUCCUUGUGGUGGCAGAUGACUGUUCUACAACUUCUGCCUCCUCUAUGGAUGAGGAAGAAGAGGAUGUGAUUGAAUUUCCGUCCAAAGUACCAUCCAUCAUGGGAGACUUUCAGAAUAAGUCUCUCACAAGGACUCCAGAGGAGAUACCCAUAAGAGGUUCUCCUGCUCCAUUUAAGCUUCUCCUAGAGGAGAAACUAAAAGAAGAUCCCAGUGCAGACACCCCAGCUACUCCCACAAACAGCAAGAGACCUUUUUUGCGCAAGGGAGAGGGACUGGCCCGCUACGGUGAAAAGUUUGCUCGUGGUCGAUGGGUUCCCUUCUGGAAGAAGCCCAAGAGUGGAGGGAAUCCUCCACAAGUGAUGCCCAAGAAGAACCAAGUUGCUCCAGUUCCCAGAGUCUUGUGUGCAAUGGUCGAUGAUGCGGUGCCAAAGAGGAACCAAGUUGCACCAAUUUCUGCUUCACGUCAUGAUCCUGCAGCAGUGCCAAAAAAGAGUGCUUUGAAGAAGUCAGGAAAGGAAUCUAGUCAGACUGUACCUGGAAGACAAAAGGAUGGAAAAGGACUGACCAGAAAGCCUGCGAGAGGAAGAGGUGGGAAAAUGGGAACAUUACGAGCCAGAGUGGGAAGGGGAGAGCCAUCUGUCUCUUCUCAAGAACCAGUGGCAAAGGAUGAAAAGGCAGAUGAUGAUUUGCUUGAGCUUGAUCCUUUCAUUCAAGAAAAACUGAAAGCCAUUGAAGCCAGGAAAGAGUUGGAGCAUGCUGAAACGAAGGCUUUUGAGAGGUUGGAGGAAGCAGUGGAUGAUGAGAGCUUCUGUUCUACUUCUUCUACUGUGCUGAAUCUCUUGAGUUUGCCCAACGUCCCUAAGUCAACACCAAUCAAAGACCCUGAGAAGUCUGGGAAAGGGAAUGGAGACCUUGAGCCCAGGUCAUGGUCACAACUUCUCCGAGAUGAAAUAAAACAUGAUUUCCUGGACAAACAGCAUGGAGAUGAAGAUCAAAAUGUUGUAGAAAUACCAAGCUUGCCAUCUACUACUGCCUCCAUGGAAAGUCUAUAUGAGAGUCUAGUCAAAACGGGGAAAGAGAUUGAAGAAAGCAUACAUGUUCGCUUUAAUGAUGAGGUGCUGCAACACAGUUUUGCAUCUUCCUCCAUCCAGGAAGACUCCAGAGUGGAGUCACUGGAAACAGAUGAUAGUGACAUCACUCUGGAAGGGGAGACAGGAGAGGUAGAGCUUGCAUCACUUGAGAAAGGUGCCCAAGAAUGGAGGCGGACUUAUGCCGAAUACAUGCAGAAACGUAAGGUGCCUUCAGGACCUGAAAACAUUGAUGCAGGCUCUCAAGGUGAUGGCAGUACCAAGGCUGAGCUUCAGUCAGUGAACUUAGACAACGUUUCAGUGGCAGGUGCAUCGAGAAGUGUCCUUGAGAAUGGUGAUGCCAAUCAUGAGUUGUUCAUGCAGACUGCUCUUCUGCAUUCCCGAAUUGUGGAGCUGGAACGGGAGAUUGAGACAUUUCAGAGGGAGAAUGCUCGAUUAAAGUCCCUGAAUGAGACCCUAGGAAGAGAUGCAAUGCAAGUGGAGUCCCAGAGGAAGGAAUGGGAGCGGAAGAAACGGGAGGAGGAGCGGAAACUGGAGGAGAGGAAGAAACGAGAAGAAGAGAAGAUAUCUCAAGAGAGGAUGGCAUUUGAACGCUACAUGCGAGACCAGAAGGCAGUGGCCCUUAAGCAAGCAAAAGAGGAAGGGGAUCAGCUGAGACAGCAGUUGGAGCAUCUAAAGUUGGAGUGCAAGCAGAAAGAGAGUCGGUGGUCUGCCCAACAGAAUAAGAAUCGAGAUGCAAUGAAGCGACUUGAAGUUGAAAAUCACCAGCUGCGAGAGGAGAACCGGAAGUUAUCUGAAGAAAAUCGACAACUCAGGAUAAAGGCACAUUCAGCCCCGAUGUGCAACCGACUGCUGCACCAGGUCAACAAUCAGGUCUCAUCAGCCAUCGCUCAAAAUAGGAAGCCCCCUUCCUCGCCGAACCCUGGCAGGAAGACUCCAACCAAGAAUCGAGUUCUUUCCUCUCCUCAGAAGUCAAGGGAAAAGCCCCUUGGUGUGAAGAAUGCUGAGGAUGGCCUUGCAGCAAGAAGCCUCCCUGAGUUAUCCAGUCUACCUUCACAUCUUUUGUCAUCAGAACAAGGAAAAGAGAAUACAGUUAUAACAGAGGAUGAGCCUAAAACUGACAAUGGGAUCUUGGGGAUGUUGGGAGUGACCGAGAACAUGGACGAGGAUGGAGCCAUUCAGCGCUCUUACUCGGAUGGGCGGUCAGAGACCAUCUAUCAGAAUGGGACUAGAAAGAUGAUCUCAGCUGAUGGGAGGAGCAGCAAGGUUAUCUACUAUAAUGGAGAUGUUCAAGAGACCUUCCCAGAUGGGACCAUAGAGUAUUUUUAUAAAGAGACUCAGACUCGCCAAACCACAUAUCCAGAUGGCCAGGAACUGAUACAGUACCCUAAUGGAUACAGUGAGACAAAGUUGCUCAAUGGUGCAACGAAGUUGAAAUAUCCUGAUGGGACAGUGAAGUUUAGAGACGAGCGGAAUGGACGGGAUGAGACCAGCCUCCCAGAUGGUACUACUCUCCUGACAAACCGGAACGGGACCACUGAGAUUGCCUUCCCAAAUGGACAAAGGGAGAUCCACACUCCAGAGUACAAGAAACGGAUUUAUCCCGAUGGAACCGUAAAGAUCAUGUAUCCUGAUGGACGACUGGAAACACGCUAUGCUUCCGGACGCAUCCGCAUCAAAGACAAGAUGGGAAAUGUGGUUACUGAUCUCAAAGCUUGACCUCAUUUUAUUUUUGCUUUCUUGCAUUGAUUUCAUAGACCAGUGAUGCUGCAGGGGCUCAAUGUAGAGGCUGAUAAGUACAAAAGAGUGAUUGUGAAAAUCAUACUGCCUCUUUGUAGCACAUGGGAACAAGUCUGUUGACAUUGCUACCUA